AUGAGCUACGCCAACAACUGCAACCCUCCGCCUAGCGUCGCGUCGAUAUGCACCCAACGUGUCCUGUGUGUGCGGUGGAGUAUCCGCAGAACGCUGGAGUACUCCCUCACAGGCCAGUAUCCAUACUAUGCGGUGAGUGCUGUUCGGACGUAUGCACGUACUCAUACUGAUCGACGGGCCACCUUCCCGAAACUAGGCCACGUCUUCUGCCAAGAAUGCGUCGAGACUCUGAUCGCACGCGACCAGUGCUGUCCGUACCGAGAUUCUCUUCGCCUGAUCGAAGCGGAGGAUACUGUGCCCAUACUCUUCAGUCCCGAGGCCGCUAUCGCACCGACACUGCGUGUUAGGAUUGAUAGGCGCCUCGCCGUGUUAUCAAUGGAACAACAGCGUGUCGACAAGACUCUCAAACGCGUGGCUGCUAGUACCGAAAUCGUUUCCAAACACGUCUGCGUGCAGCGAGCAAGUAUCUCCAGGCAUUACGGGAGCCUCGAUCGCAUCACGAACGAAGUGCGUGCACUUCAGAGGAAGGUGGGCGCCGUGCGCGCUGAAUGUGUUCGUGAAUACGAUGCAAUUAUCGCUCUUCGAGCGAAGUCUGCUGCGCAAGCAUCUUCCUUGAGGGCUGAAGACGCCACCCCACAGCUGGGGGAGCAACGUCGUCGACAGAGGUCUCCGUCAGCAGCAAAUACGGAGGAUGCUCCGUCCGCGAAGCGACGCAAGACCUGA